AUGAAACUAAUUAUGGCUCUUUCCGUUCUGGUGGCUGUGACAUCGGCCUUGCCUCAAUUUGGUGGUGGCACCGUCAAUCAAGACGGUGGCUUUGGAGGCGAAGGCCAUCCAGGACAUGGAAGAGUACCAGGAUUCGCUGGCGGGCAUGAAAUUGGAGGUGGGCAACCAGGAUUUGGAGGUGGCGGCUUUCCACGUGGCCCAGGAGGUGGUGGCGCCUUCGGCACGUCUUCUGCCUCAGCUUCUGCGUCGGCAAGUGGCGGUGGAUUUCGCGAUUAA